GCAGAGGCACAGCAUGGCGUUCGCAUGCAGGAGUAGAGGGCUUCUCCCAAAGGUGACGGCGACCUCGGCGAGAGAUGGAAGGUUCUGGGGCGUCGCCUCCCAAUUCUCACAGCCGUCGUCGUUUGGGUCGGUUCGUCGUCAGACGACGGUAUCGGCAGCAGCGGAAGUGCAGCCGAGCAUUGGCUCGGAAGUGAAGUCGAUAAACGAAAUUCCGGGGCCAAUGAAGUUCCCAAUCAUCGGUUCCCUUUUUCCCUUCCAUAUCUACAAAGCAAUGGAUAAAAGGGCCAUGCAUAAAUUCUGGGCGGAUAUCGUCAAGGAAUACGGCCCGACUGUCAAAAUGAGCGUCCCGGGGAUCCCCAAAUUGGUGGGCGUAACGAACCCUGACGACUGCGAGACGAUCACGAGGAGCACGAUGGAUAAUCCCAUCCGACCAGCCUUGGAAUCCCUGAGGCUGGUUCGUAUGAAAGCCGUGGAUAACUACUUCGAGAAAAAAUCGGGACUGAUUGUAGAGAACGGCGAAGAAUGGAGGAGAGUCCGUACCCGGGUGCAGACUCCCAUGAUGAAGCCCAAGAACGUCUCUGCUUAUCUGGAAGAAAUGGACGAGGUGGCUCUCGACUUCAUGGACAGAAUUGCGGUUUUCCAGGAGGAAAAUGGUGAGAUGCCCGAGGACUUCCAGGUGGAACUAUACAAAUGGGCCCUGGAAUCUGUCAGCCUGGUGGCCUUAGGCAGAAGGCUGGGCUGCCUGCAACCUAACCUGGCGAGCGAUUCGGAACAAAUGAAACUGAUCCACGCAGCCAAUGCAAUAUUUGAGGGGAUGAACGACAUCGAAAUGAGUAUGAAAUUCUGGAGGCUGUGGGAGACUAAAGAGGUUCGGCAACUACAGAAAAACCAUGACGAGUUUUUGAGAAUCGCGGACAAGCGCAUCAGGGAAACGGAGGCUGAACUCCUGCAGAAGAAAUCCGACGACACCAGCGAGUUGAAGCUGAUGGAGGAACUUCUCUUAACAGAAGGUCUCUCCCGCAAGGACGUCGUGACCCUAAUUCUGGACAUGCUUGUGGCUGGAAUAGAUACGACGUCCCACACACUAGGAUUCACCCUGUACUUGCUGGCAAGGAAUCCUCAGGCCCAAGCUACACUUCAGGAGGAGAUAGACAGAGUCCUUGGGGAUCAUAAAGGACCCCUCCUUCCUAAGCACUUGGCACAGAUGUCCUACCUGAAGGCUGUAGUCAAGGAGUCCUUAAGAGUAUUCCCCUUAACGCUCGGACUCGGAAGGGAGCUAACAAAAGACACAGUUCUUAGUGGCUAUCUAAUUCCAAAAGGGUACAUGGUCUUCACCCUCAACAUGUUCAUGGCCAAAGACGAGAAGCUCUUCCCAAGGGCAGAGGAAUUCGUCCCCGAACGCUGGCUGCGUCACAAGCCCCUUGGGCCGAUCCAUCCCUACGCCUCACUGCCAUUUGGGACGGGAACCAGGAUGUGCAUCGGCAGGAGAAUCGCAGAGCAAGAGAUCUACACCUUCCUGACCAGGGCCAUGCAACGGUACACCGUAGACUACAAAUACAAAGACAUGGACAUGAUCACCCGUCUUGUCUUCGUUCCUUCAGAGCCGCUCAAGUUCUCUUUCACUGAAAGAAAGCGAACUUGAGAAAAUGAACUUAAGAGAAAAUGAAAUGUAGUGUACUAUAUCACCUCUUCUCCGUAGAAAGGUUUACCGUUUACGUAAGUUUUAGGUGCUGUCGUUGGGUUAGUUUUGAGCAGUUACCAAAGAUUUCUGCAUAAUUAUCUUCGCUUAACUUCAUAACAUAAACUUGGUGAAGGUUUUAUCGGUUAUAUUAUGUUUAGAUUUGCGUGUGAGAUUCUACCUUCGAAAGAACCAAGUAAAAAUAUUAUGGAAAGCAGACCUCAUCAGAAGUCUUGAAAUUUUAUGGGUAGAGAGAGUUAAACUACCACAUUUAUUUUGUUUUGAUUAUAAGUCGAGUACCUAAUGCCAUCAUAUAUAUAUAUAUAUAUAUAUAUAUAUAUAUAUAUAUAUAUAUAUAUAUAUAUAUAUAUAUAUAUAUAAGAUGAACACAUAGAAAUGCCCAAAGGUUGAAAGAUAAGGUUGAAAGAUAAUGUUAUAUUUCAGAGAACAACUGUCUCCCUCUACAGGGAGCAGUAUUUAUACCAAGAGUUCCAGAUAGCUUCGUAAUCUUCUUAAUGGCUGGUUGGAGGGAGAUACUAUCUUUAAUAUCUGAGUCCUAAGCUUUUUUUAGAGGUCAGUAUAGUAUGGCAAACAGAUCUUAGCUAUUUUUAACCACAUAAAUAACCAUAAUCACAGAAGAAACUGGAAUUUGUCACAUAUAAUUCAUAACAGCAAUUGUCGUCUCAAAAGCUAGCUGGUAGAGUCAGCACCGAUUAAACAAAGAAAUAUGACGAACCUCUCAAAAUGAGCUUGGGACUCAGAUAUUAUAGAUACUAUCUUCAUCCAACCAGUAAUUAAGAAGCUAUCAGCUGGAGAGACAUAACGCUUGACCUCUGGAACUCUUUGGUAUAAACAUUGUUUUUCUGUAAUACUUAUUUCAUUCAUAUCCUUGCUCGUAGAGAGAAAAAGUUGCUCUCUGAAAUAUAGCAUUAGCUUUCUACCUUUUGGCGUUUUUAUGGGUUCCUUUUAUUAGAUGGAAUUUGUGCGUGUGUGUGUGUGAGUGUGUGUGUGUGUGUGUGAAAUUGAAGGAUUUCCAGACACAACUGAAUUAGUUCCUUUUUUUGUUAUUUGAAAAUAUCCAUUUCAGAGUGCAGAGGUAAACAAACUUAUCUUUACUCAAUUAAAUUAUCAUAAUCAUUAACCCGUGGUGAUUGGUGAGUUAAACAUGUCAUGUUUUAAGUAUAGGACAUUUAAACGUAAAACGUCAAAAGUAUAUUUUGUUAUAUCUUGUGUAAGUUAAGAUGUUAUUAAAUAAUGUAUCUGUAUUAAUAAAAUGAAAUGAUAAAAUAUUUGAAUUAAA